GUACCUCCUCCGACGGUUGUUUUCAUUUUACCCGUGAUCAGCCCGGCAUGUGUGUAAAUUUCUCGAACCAAAACGUACCAAACGAGAUGAAUCCUUGCGAGCAUAUUUAAAUCAGUGGCCACUGUCGUUCAAUUAUUGCGUUAGCUUUCCUUCACUAGGAACACUUUCCAUUGUUCCCACGGGCACUUUGACGAACCAGUAGCAGAACUACCAGGUAGGCAUCACAUCACAGCCCUUCGAUGGCAAACUGUCUACGAAGAAGCAUUUCAACACGGUUUGCACCGACGACAAUCGGGCGGAUAUUCACCAUCCGGCGAAUGAUUGCGUCAGCCGAUCCGCAGAUGGUUCCCACCUACGGCACCCCGCAGGACGGUCGGUGGAAUCAAAUCAAUGGAAAUCGACCGUUAUCGACCGGGUUGAAAAUGAUCAUCGAAACAAAUACCAGGGGCGUUCACUUCUUCGCCAACUCAGACUCACAGACGACGCCGUCGGAUCACUUUCAAACAAAUCGAAGUGUGACAGCAGCAAAGGACUCAUCAUCUCCCCCGGACAGUAGUAACCAACAACCGUCGGAAGCGCAACUGCAGCGGGUAUUCGAUGUGCUGGCGAACACACUUCCGAAGCUGUUCAUUCAACCGCUGGACUACUCCAUCUACCAUCCGAAUCUGAUCUUCGAGAACAAUAUUCGGGGGCUGCGAACCGAAGGUUUGUAUCACUACGUAAAGCAGAUCGCACUACUUCGUACGGUAGGGCAUUUAAAGUACGCCUACGUGAAGCUGGAGGUGCUAAAAAUUACCAAACAUCCGGAGGACAACACCGUGAAGGUGCGAUGGCGAAUAAGGGGGAUUAGUGCGAUGAAGGUCAUGUUUCAGUUCUGGAAGUUCAAGAUCUGGAAGCUGAAGGAAAUUUUAGAGGAUACGGAAGCAUGGUACGAUGGUUUUUCGGUAUUUCACGUCGGUCCCGACGGACAGAUCUACAAACAUGUAGCUGAUAAGAUUAUGCCGGACGACGAUAAGGUGGUGGUUUCUCAAAAAACUGUCAUUUCGCCUAAACUGGCCCUGUUUUUGGGCCUGACGGCCGAGAUUAGUCCCAUCGUGCACUGUGUUAAUUGAUAGUGGUCGUUGUUUUUUCUGUUUUCUCCUGUUCGUGUCGUUACACAAGCUUAUAUGCACCUGUCAGACGACGAUGUCCGUGGUCUGUGCAACGCUCGGCGCCAUGACAGAAACGAGGGUUAGCCGAAUCCGUUCAGCGCCAAACGAUGAUUGAUUAGUUAGUGAAUAAAACGAAACAGUUGCAUUGUCAAAUGCAUGGUUUAAAACGAAUGAAAA